CAUGGUUGCCCUCCAUCAUCCAAACUGCACACACCAAGAUCAGAAACAUCAAUUCCAAGAAAGCAAUAGUAACCACAAAUCCAACAUGAAGACCUUCCUCACCUUUGUCCUCCUUGCCAUGGUGAUGAGCAUCGUCACUACCGCUAGGCAACUAAACCCUAGCAGCCAAGAGUUGCAAUCACCACAACAAUCAUAUCUGCAGCAGCCAUAUCCACAAAACCCAUAUCUACCGCAACAACCAUUUCAAGUGCAGCAACCGUUUCACACACCCCAACAAUAUUUCCCCUAUCUACCAGAGGAAUUGUUUCCCCAAUAUCAAAUACCAACCCCCCUACAACCACAACAACCAUUCCCCCAACAACCACAACAACCUCUUCCUCGGCCCCAACAACCAUUCCCCUGGCAACCACAACAACCAUUUCCCCAGCCCCAAGAACCAAUUCCCCAGCAACCACAACAACCAUUCAAACAGCAACCACAACAACCAUUCCCCCGGCAACCACAACAACCAUUCCCACAGCAACCACAACAACCAUUCCCCCAGCAACCACAACAACCUUUUCCUCAGCCCCAACAACCAUUCCCCUCGCAACCACAACAACCAUUUCCCCAGCCCCAACAACCAAUUCCCUACCAACCACAACAACCAUUCAACCAGCAACCACAACAAAUAAUACCCCAGCAACCACAACAACCAUUCCCCCAGCAACCACAACAACCUUUUCCUCAGCCCCAACAACCAUUCCCCUGGCAACCACAACAACCAUUGCCCCAGCCCCAAGAACCAAUUCCCCAGCAACCACAACAACCAUUCCCACAGCAACCACAACAACCAUUCCCACAGCAACCACAACAACCUUUUCCUCAGCCCCAACAACCAUUCCCCUCGCAACCACAACAACCAUUUCCCCAACCCCAACAACCAAUUCCCUACCAACCACAACAACCAUUCAACCAGCAACCACAACAAAUAAUACCCCAGCAACCACAACAACCAUUCCCCCAGCAACCACAACAACCUUUUCCUCAGCCCCAACAACCAUUCCCCUGGCAACCACAACAACCAUUUCCCCAGCCUCAACAACCAUUUCCCCUGCAACCACAACAACCAUUCCCCUGGCAACCACAACAACCAUUUCCGCAGCCCCAACAACCAAUUGCACACCAACCACAACAACCAUUCUCGUUCUCGCAGCAACCACAACAACCAUUCCCUCUGCAACCGCAACAAUCAUUCCCCCAACAACCACAACAACCAUUUCCCCAACAACCACAACAAAUAAUUUUCCAGCAACCCCAACAAUCAUACCCUGUGCAACCUCAACAGCCAUUUCCUCAACCUCAACCAGUCCCCCAGCAGCGACCCCAACAAGCAUCCCCCCUACAACCGCAACAACCAUUUCCCCAGGGAUCAGAACAAAUAAUUCCCCAACAACCAUUCCCUCUGCAACCACAACCAUUCCCCCAACAACCACAACAACCAUUGCCCCAGCCCCAACAACCAUUCCGCCAACAAGCAGAACUAAUAAUUCCCCAGCAACCUCAACAACCAUUGCCUCUGCAGCCACACCAACCAUAUACACAACAAACCAUCUGGAGUAUGGUCUAG